AUGACUUUCCAAGUCCACCAUCCCCCAGAACCACACCGCAAAGCCCUCAUCGGCUCCAAAUCCUCCUUCUGGCUUCACUCCUCCCGCUGCGGCUUCGACCUGAUCCAGCCCUCCUCCGCCUCAACCCUCUCCUCCUCCCCCAAAAUAAACCUACCCAUAACAAUGUUCCCCCCAAAAUCCGCCCUUGUCAUCAUCGACAUGCAGAACUUCUUCCUCUCGUCUGCCCUGGGUCGAAAAAUCGACGGUGUUGGGCAUAAAGCAUGUAAACAGUUGAUUGAGCACGCGAUGUCGGCGGCGAGGAAAGCAAAGAUGAGGGUAGUAUGGGUGAACUGGGACGUUUGGGUUUACUCUAUCCCUUCCUCUUCGUCACACUCCUUCUCCUUCGAAGGAGAAGAGGUUGUGGCGAGUGGAGAGGUAGCGGGCAGUGUGGGUGUUGACAAGCACGGGAAAGAGCGCAAGAAUGGGAUAUACAAAGGUAUAGGCUCAUCCCUGGGUCCUAUAAAACUUGAAAGCGGGGAGGAAGUCGAUGGUGGUCGCCUACUAAUGCGCUCCUCUUGGAACGCCUCCCUCUACCCACCCUUGCAGAGCCUCUUCGAAGAAGGCCAAAAGUUGGAAAACAGACCUGAUCAAUUCUUCGAAAAAGAAGGCAUCACAACACUAUUGUUUGCGGGCGUGAACACGGAUCAAUGCGUCGGAGGUACGCUGACAGAUGCGUUUAGCAAGGGGUACGAUUGCAUAUUGUUGAGUGAUGGGUGUGAGACAAGUAGUCCGGGGUUUGCGCAGGAGUUCUGGGAGUAUAAUGCUGCGCAUAUAUUUGGGUUUUGUACGGGGUGUGAGGAUUUGGCGAGGAGGGUGGCGGGUAUAGAAAGCUGA